AUGCCAGCCGGACUGACACACCGCGUCCUAGUCCUGGUGUCGCUGCUUGGAUUCCUCUGGACUGUCCCCGAGCUGGUCAGCGUAAGGCCAGCAUCACCGACCAUGGAGGCACAGAUGUUCAGCCUUGCCUUGAAGAAGGGUCCUACGGCAAGGCAGCUGCAGCAGAAGGAGCAUGCGCUGUCCGUGGUGAGGAAGGUUGCAGAGAGCAGGUGGUCGAAUCACGAUGUGGAGGUAAUCCCAUUCGGCUCUUCCGUGACAGGACUAGGUGAAGGCAGCUCAGAUGUGGACGUGGUGCUGUUCUUUCCCAAUGGAGGACCGCCCCCAUUGGAGGCACUCCGCGGUCUAAAGCAAAAACUCGAACGCCAACCCGACACAAAAGUCCUGCAAAGCUUGUUGAGGGAAAAGAUGAAGAUUCCCUUGCUGCGAUUGCUCAUCCAGGGUGUGCAAUGCGAUCUCACAUGCCAGAAUGUGUUGCCUGUCUUCAACACAGUACUACUUCGAGGCUAUGGCAGUCUCUGCCCAAAGUUGAAUGUGCUGGCUAUCGUCAUCAAGCGGUGGGCAAAGAAGUGCAGAAUUGGUGAGGUGCAGAAUGGAUUCAUUUCGUCUUACACAUGGACCUUGAUGAUGAUAUAUUAUCUUCAAGUUUGUCAUGGCCUCCCCUCCCUGCAUGUGCUGUCACCUCACCAAGCUCUACACCGAACUCCGAAGAACAAGACCUUUGCCUUUGGGUUUCUGUCCACAGAAAACCGGCAAAAGGUGAGGACGCCUUUGAAUGACUUACUUCGUGGCUUCUAUGAGUUUUACUCCGAGCAUUUCGAUUGGGAAUAUGAGGUGGUGUCUGUCAGAUUGGGCAGACGACUAAGCUGCAAAGAUUCUGAGUUCAGACUGCUUCCGCGCAAGCAUCUAAAGGCACCGCGCAAGAAGCCAAAGGGACCGGGCAUUCCACUAAAGACAGAAGGUUACCCAAACAUCUUGAAGGUGGAAGAUCCCAUCGAGAUUAGCCGCAACUUGAACUUUGCCUUGAUCCCACGCACCUGUGACAAAAUCCGGUCAUCGAUCGCAGCUGCCUUCAAGUCCUUCCAGGGGCCGGAAGAGGCCCUUCUCGGAGAUCUUACUGGUCUCAAGCGUCUGAAAGGGACGAGUGAACGGCCACAGAUCCGUCGCUUCUUGCGUCACCGCCUGCCUCCAGGUCGUUCCGCCACUGCCAUUGUAAAAAAUGCCACGGAUGGAGGAGCGGUAGGUUGCCUGGAGUGCUUUCGCUGGAUGCCAAAUUUGGACGCCUUGGAGCAACAUUUUCUUGUCACCAACCACUCGGGCAUCCUUGAAAAGGUGUCUGGCAUAUGA